ACAAAUUGGCUGCAAUUUCAGACUCCAGGCAAGUACAGAAGUCAGUGAGUCCGCAACCUGAUGGCAAAGGUUCUAAGAGAGGCUAAAGAGGCAACAGGAUAAGAUAAACACACUUCGUGGUUGCAGUUUACAAAAGUUGUGGAUAAUCCAGGUAUGACAAGACCUCUGCUUGUUUGUGGAAUGUUGAAAUUUUUCAGAUUGUUCUCUGAGACCUGAGACAUGUUCAUCUCAUAUACUGUUUGUCUACAAGUCUCUAUGAUAAUGUUCCAUAGGAUUGGCCUUGAUACUUACUGCAGAAACUGCACAUACUACAAAUAAGUACCUCAUCUCACAUAAAUAGCUUUUAACUCAUUUCUCUGCUAGAAGUGUUGGUCACAGUAACUGUCACAACAACUUUUUUUAUUGGAACUAGUUUGUGACGGUACCAAAAAUAUUUUAUCAUCAGUCUUCAUUUGCUGUACUUAGCAGUAAAUGUGUGUCAUACUUUCACUUUUUCUGUUUAAUGAGCAGAAAAGUGUACCCUGUGUGUAUAAUAGUGGUAGUAUCUUCUUCUAACUUCUUCUAACCUUUAAAUUCUGUUACUGUUACGACUACUAUUCACAUUGGUGUAUAACUAAGGUCAACCUGGUCUUAUUAUCCCAUGCACUACAUUAUAAACCUGCCUGGAUGAUUUCCUUUUAUGUGUUCACGUGUUUACUGUCUUGAUGACUUUAUCAGCUGCCGACAUCUGAUACCAACCCUUCGUCCUCUGCUUUCUCUUUCCAUUCAUUUGCUCUCUCAGGCAUACUGUGGCUGCGGCCUCAGCAGGAUGGGAAUAGAUGCCCAUUUCCGUUACUACUUCCAGCAUCCGUGGUCCCGUCUCAUCGUGGCCUACCUCGUCACUUUCUUUAACUUCCUAAUUUUUGCCGAGGACCCCGUCUCUCACAGUCAGACAGAGGCCCACAUGAUUGUGGUGGGAAACUGCUUCUCCUUUCUGUUCAACAAGUAUCCAGGCCUCGGAUGGAACAUCCUGAAAGUACUGCUCUGGAUACUGGCCAUAAUCGCUGGCAUGUUAGCUGGGAAGUUUAUAUUCCACCGCCAGCUCUUUGGUCGAUACCUGCGCCUGAAAAUGUUCCGCGAGGAUCAUGGCUCCUGGAUGACCAUGUUCUUCAGCACCAUCCUCUUCCUCUUCAUCUUCUCACACAUCUACAACCUCUCCCUGCUGAUGGCUGGGAGCAUGGAGCCUCACAUGGUGACAGAGUACAUGGGCAUCAGGAACGAGAGUUUUAUGAAGAUUGCCGCUGUCGGGACGUGGAUGGGAGACUUCGUCACUGCGUGGAUGGUGACAGACAUGAUGCUUCAGGAUCAGAACUAUCCAGACUGGGGCAAAGCAGCCAGAAGAUUCUGGAAACAAGGGAACAACAGGAUUGUUCUCUUCUGGGCUGUGCUGAUCUCUCUUACGUCAGUGGUGGUUCUGGUCAUCAGUACCGACUGGAUCAGCUGGGACCACCUAAACCGGGGCUUUCUGCCCAGCGAUGAGGUCUCCAGAGCAUUUCUGGCCUCCUUCAUCUUGGUCUUCGACCUCCUCAUCAUCAUGCAGGACUGGGAGUUUCCUCAUUUCAUGGGUGACCUGGAUAUGAAUUUACCUGGUAUGUCGACGACACACGUAAAGGUCAAGCUCCCCGUCUGCAAGAGCAUCUUCAAAGACGAGUAUCACAUUCACAUCACGGGUAAGUGGUUCAACUACGGGAUCAUCUUCCUGGUGUUGAUUUUGGAUCUCAACAUGUGGAAGAACCAGAUCUUCUACAAACCCUAUGAAUACGGUCAGUAUGUGGGGCCUGGGGAGAAAAUCUACACCGUGGAGGAGCCAGAAACACUCAGGAACUUCAACCACAGCACGCUCACCUACGAGUGGCGCUCCACUAAUAUCAAUCCUGCCACCAACCUCAGCUACUUGGAGCACGACAUGUUCCUCCACAGCCGCUAUGUGGGGUCAAGCCUGGACGUCAAGUGUCUGGCCUUCAUCCCAAGUCUCGCAGCGUUUGUCCUUUUCGGCUUCUUCAUCUGGCUGUUUGGUCGUUUCCAGGACAGCGAGACCAUCACGGAGAAUCCAGACAAGUCUUACGAGAGGAUCAAGAGGAAGUCGCCGUCGGACAUGGCCGUGACGCCGGAAGAGUCUUUUGUGACACUGAGUGACGGCUUGAAACAGUCGGGGACGCCCAUGCUCCUGUCAGUGGACGGGCCACAUUUCGGAGCCACCCCUUCCACAAACUCCCCGGUUUCCACGGAAACCCAGGAGACAUAUCCUAACAUCAUGAUCGACAGCGCAGCGCAGGAGGAACCGGCAGUCUCUUUUGAUGUCCACAAACUCUCUCCAUGACCUUGUGAACUUCUGGGACUUUGAACCAUGUGACCGCAGACGGCCUUGAAGCGAUCAAUAUGCUUUUAUUUCCUUCAAAGAACAAACUGCUGCAGAUGGAGGACACAGAUAGAGAGAACACAGGGAGAUCCAAACGAAGGAUGAUGGAUGAAGGAAUUCGGCGACCGCUGCUUUUGUAUUCUUCUAUUUUUCUAAACAAACUAUUACAAAAAACCUUAAGAAUCUGCUCCCAUCUUCAAGAGGAUCUCAUCUUUGAAGUACUGUUUGCAAACAACAUGGUGCUGGCUUCACUUUUGCAUUUUCAUAUUUCAACUUUAAUAAAUCAGAGGAGUCGAUGUCAGCGCUACAGAUUCAGCCGUGCCUUUAAAUUCCAUACAUGGAGAAACCGACAGACGUGUCAUGUCAGUGUCACCAGUGAAUGAAGUCCUCGUUCUUCUCUAUGUAAACGUUUGACGUACGCUCUUCUUAUAUACUCACUCUCAUAUCACUGAAUGUUUUUUUAAUUGUUAUCUUUGGACGUCUUUCAUUUGAUUUUCAUACACUAUUUAAUUCUAAUUGAAACCUUAUGAUUGCUUUGAGCGUCAUUUUAUUUUGAUGAUCUGUUUAUACGCCCUCUCAUGAAAUUAGCUGCGGAGAUGAUGAAAACAAUCAGUUGCGACGAAGCCCCAAAUCAAGCUGCCACCUCAUUACUGCGUGUGCUGCUCCUGCAGUCAGACUGAAUACCAACACAGUGGGUAAGGUGGUUUUGUCCUUGUAAAAAAAAAACCAAGGCCUGAAGAAGCUUGUCUUUCAAAGCGACGGUCUUCUUUGUCUGGAUAAAACUUGUUGAAAGUUCGAGAAAGAAUUUUGUCGCCAAGGAGAGCACAUAAUCAGCAAAAUAUGUGAAACAUCCCACAGUCCAAAAAAAAAAAAUAAAAAAUUCAACAAAAGGUAGUGGCACAGCUAAGCAAACUUGAAGUUUUUAUCCUCCUUAAUUUUCAAAGAAGAAUUUUUUUUAGUUUUCUGUUUCUUAUCAUUACGAUAAAUUAAAUCAGAAUAUAACAAGUUUGUUUCCAAAGUUUUGUGCUUAACUUUUUUUUCAAGUACUGACCAAAAUACUAAAGUACUAACUAUAACUUGCAAGUGGAUCAUGUACAGUAUAAAGGAGGAUGUAAUAGGUAUGUUCGUAACCAAAGAUGCCAAACUAAAUAGUAUUUAAAGCAUGUACACAAAUAUAUGCCAACUGUAUCUACAUUAUUAUUAUUAUUAUUAUUAACUAAUCAGAUCAGUGUAUAAACUGCUUUUGCAUCACAAACUAGAGCUGCAGACUCCACUGACUGGGCCACAGCGCCUCCUUGUGCACGUUAUCCUGAUGGAGUUGUGACCUAGAAUGUUAGCUAACAGCAGCUCUUUAUUUCUAAAGACAAAUAUCCCCCCCCCCCUUCACCCCCCACAAUCCCCCAGGCUCCUGUCUCGGCUCUAUGUUGAAAACAUGAAUACAAAAGUGAUCCCACCACAAAAUCCAAGUUUAUCAGCAGAAAAGUAACACAUUUUGGUGCAGUGGUUUCCAAAUUUUCUGCAGAAAACCCUUUAGUAAAUAGGUAAAAUCCCCGGCCACGUCUUGUUCUUUGUGUUUCGACGACAACUUGGCGUUGUUCGAGUUGCAACACUGCCACCUGUAUAUUUUUUUGUAAAUAAUAAAUAUUACUUGAUUACGUCUUAUUUUGCAUUUUCCCGUUCUAGCUGAAUUUUCAGUCAAACUUUGUUCAUAUCAAGGCCCCCACAAGUCAUGGAGGGGCCUUGAACCAAUAACUUAAAUCUUUGUUUUUUGAGCCCCGGUGCUUAAACCCAGAAAGGUCCUCAUCUGCGGCUUGUUUUUUUUUUUUAAGUUGUAACUUUGAUUCAAAGACAGCAGCAUUUAUUUGAUCUCUACAAACAUUAUACCUCUCAGUCCAAAGUCACAGGAACUUGUCCAGUAUUUAUGUGUAACAAUGUUUACAUGUCUUCGACCAAUACUAUAGUUUUCUUGACAGAAGUAACACUCAAUAGACAUUAGGUUUGGAUACCAUUUAAAAGAAAAUGGAUUUCUAAACACAUCAGUUUGAUCCAGCUCUAAAUGGCCUCUGUGAAUUAAUGCAGAUUUAUUAAUUGGAUAUAGUUAAGCACCCACCUAAUUACAAUCGAUUUAAACGAAGGUUUAUGUGUGUGUGUGUGUGUGUGUGUGUGUGUGUAUGCUGGGGGCAGAGGCUUCUAAUAUGCAACGUGCAUUUCAGUGUGUGUGUCUUUGAGAGCCACUUGUGAAAUGUUUACUACUCUGUUCCUGACGAAGGCCAUCGCGUAAAGAGGUCAAUUUGUUCAGCAUAAUUGUUUUCCAGUGUUUAGUUCAGUAAUUAUCCUUUUAUACAUUACAGCUGAAUGAGGACGUUUGAAAAUUAGUGUUUGACCAAAGGCCAGGAGCUCACAGGAUCUGAACAGAGAGCAAUAUGUUUUAAAUGUUCUGUGUCAUUUCUGAUAUAUUCUGUCUGGGUUACGAGUCGUUGCUUGUGUUGUUGUUUUUUUUUGUCAUAUUGUUUGGCCAAGCCGACACCUUCCCGGUUCCUGUGUAAGUGUGUUCUGAAGGAGGCCUCUGUUCGCCGGAUGUUGAUGCUGUUCAACCAAUAAAUUUAUUACAUUAAUUACA